AUGAAGAUGCGAUCCGGCCUGACUGGCUUCCUCCUCGCAGCAGGCCUCGCCCACGCCAUAGACCUGGACGUGAACAAUACAGAUUCCCUCAUCAGCGCCAGCAGAACCAUCGUCGGCAACAUCCUCUCCCUCUACCGCAGCUCCAACAACAGCAAUGGCGACAUGCCCGGCUUAUUCGGCGCGCCUUACUUUUGGUGGGAGGGCGGCCUCGCCUUCGACAGUCUGAUCAACUACUGGUCCAAAUCCAAAUCUGGCGAUGACAGCAUCGUGCAAACGAUCCAGGAUGGAAUGCUUUUCCAAGUUGGGCCAGAUCACAACUACAUGCCGCCAAACCAAACCAAGUCCCUGGGCAACGACGAUCAAGCCAGCUGGGCGCUUGCUGCUAUGACGGCCGCGGAAAAUGACUUUCCCGAACGUGAUGAUCAAAAUAUUUCGUGGAUACAGCUGGCUACUAAUGUUUUUGAGAGUCAGGUUCUGCGCUGGGAUGAGGAGAGCUGUGGUGGUGGGUUGAAGUGGCAGAUUUUUACGUUUAAUAAUGGUGAUUGGGCGCGGAGAAGUAUCGAGUGGAGUUAUCAGAUUGGUCUGAUCAAUAAUGAGACUGGUGCUGUGUAUGAUGGGACGGAUGACACUACGAAUUGUUCGGAGAUCAACUACAUCCAGUGGUCGAUGAACGCUGGGCUAUUGAUCGAUGCGGGUGCGUACAUGACGAAUAUUACUCAAUUCUCCUCACUCUCCAACGCUACCUUCUGGGACUUCACCCUCUGGCUCACCAUCUCCACCGCCUCCCGCAUCUUCGUCGACCAAGCCGCCUCCGCCAAUUCCCUCGGCCGCUCAAUCCUCUACGAAGUCGCCUGCCAGCCCUCCGAUAAUUGCUACGUCGACCAAAAAGCCUACCGCACGCGCCUCGCCCGUGCUAUGGGGAACGCUCGCCAUCUGGCUUAUCAAUCAUCCCAUUCCGUCAACGGCACAGGCGUUAAUGCCUAUAUCGAGCGGAUCACCAGUAUCCUCCAGACGUCUGCGACCGCUGCGGCAAGUCAGUGUACCGGUGGCGAGAUUGGGACUGCGUGUGGGAGUGAUUGGGUUAGUAGGGAGUUUGAUGGGAGCACCGGUCUUGGGGAGGAUCUGAGUGCAUUGGAAGUAAUUUUGGCGAAUCUGCCGGCCGGGCAGGUGAGGACAGCGGACGGUGCUCGCAAUGGAACGGGGACGAGUGAGAGUGGUACUGAGAAUGGAACGCAGACGUCGAGUGCUGACGAGGCAGGGUCGACGAGUGGGACAGUACUAGAGUCCACCACACCUCUUUUCCAUCAAACCUACAAAUCCAACCACCACGACCUACCCUACAGGACCAUGACCGACAACUGGGGCACCCGCGGCACAGGAACCUUCGUCCCAACCUCCCACGCCUCACCAUACGACGCCAUCAACCCAAGCGCCAUCAAACUGCCGAAGCCAUAUGUCGUCUGCAUAGUCGGCGCCUCGAGGGGCAUAGGCGCCGGCGUCGCCCACAGCUACGCACAAGCAGGUUGCUCCGGCCUCGUUCUCGCCUCAAGACGGACCUCAGGACUCGAGGAGGUUGCUGCUGAAUGUCGGAAGAUCGAUUCCUCGAUUGAGGUUGAAAUUGUGGCGUGCGAUAUCACCAGCGCCGAAUGCGUAGCGAGUCUCGCAGAGGGCAUCAAAGAACGAUUUGGUCGUCUAGACAUCGCCGUUGUCAACUCGGGAUACUCUGGACCAGUAGUCUUGAAGAUCACAGAGACCGAUCCCAGCACCUUCCAAAACGCCACAAACGUCAACUACGUCGGGACCUUCUUGUGCGCGAAGUACUUAAUCCCACUGCUCCUCUCCACCCCAGACGGAGCCAAGGCCUUCAUCGGCGUCAACAGCCUCGCCUCCUUAAUCAUCCGCGGUCCAAUCGCAAACGCCCAAUACUGCGUCAGCAAGGCAGCACAGCUCAAACUCCUGGAGAACAUCCACGAGCAGUAUCAGGACGAAGGCUUGUCGACGUACGCGGUACACCCUGGCGCGGUCUUGAGUGAGAUGGCGGAUGAGACAACGCCGGAUGCGUUCAGGCCGUAUUUGACGGACUCGCCGUUGCUUUGUGGGGCAUUUUGUGUGUGGUUGACGAAAUAUCGCGAGCGUGGGGAGAACGGGUGGUUGGCAGGGAGGUUAUUGAGUGCGAAAUGGGAUGUUAGUGAGCUCCUAAAGAGGAAGGAGGAGAUUGUGCAAAAGGAUCUGUUGAAGCUGAGGUUGAGUCUAUAG